AUGGUAACGGGGGACUCCAGUAAGAAAACCUUGGCCUGGAAGAAGCUGUUUAGCAGGAGGAUAAAUGAGCAGGGAAGAGAAUGCCGUGCUGUUGCUCCUGAGCAGCUGAUGAGGAAUAGUUUGCACAGAGUAGUGAAUACACUCAGAUACUGCUUCUUUGCCAUUCCGAUUCUCAGUCUUUCACUUCCAUUUGUUUUCUACACCGUUAAUGCGCAUGCACAAAAAUAUCUUAUGAGGCUGAACUUCUCAGUGAGUUCAAUUUUCAUAGAAGCCUGUAAAGCACCUUAUGAAGACAAGGUGUCCUUUUUGAAGGAAAAUGCUUUAAAAAAUCAAGAAUCUAAUUGCACAGAGUACAUAACACAGAACCACUACAUCACCUGUGCCCUCUCGGCUGAGGAGGCUGUGUUCCUUGUUGCCUACAUCAUGACACUGCACAAAGAGUUCAAGACCUUCAAGUGGCUCUUCAGGGAGCUGUACAUGCCUCAAAAUGUCUGUUGUGUCCACAUGGAUGCCAAGUCACCAUUUCUCUUCUGGUGGGUGCUGCAGCACCUGAUGGGUUGCUUCGCCAAUACCUUUCUCUCCUCCCAGGCAGAAAGGAAGGUCUGUGUCAGCAUCUCCCAGCUGCGGGCUGAUCUUCACUGCACGAGAGACCUUCUGGCCUUGUCUGUGCCCUGCAGUGGUAGGACAGGGGGAAAUGGAUUUAAAUUUAAAAAGGCUUUGGGCAGUGGGGAGACUGCACAGGGAUGGGGCCAGGCACAACACCUCGGAGCUGGUCACCCUCCAGAUGUGUGCAAGCUACCCCUGUCACAUAACCUGAUCAUCUACCUUGGAUUUGUGUACAUGGCUGUCACCUGACCCUUUGGGGAGUUUGUGCUCUAG